GAGCGCUCGCGGAGUCCGCGGGAGUCCGGGCAGUGGGGCCGCCGGGCGCGCGGGCCGGGCGGCGAGCGGAGCCGGCCGAAGUAGGCCGGGCAGCGGCCGCCGCCGUCCCGGAGCGCGCGGGCGGGCGCAGGCGGGCCGGAGGAUGGAGCUGAACUCCCUGCUGAUCCUGCUGGAGGCGGCCGAGUACCUGGAGCGCAGGGACAGAGAGGCCGAGCAUGGAUACGCCUCGGUGCUGCCCUUCGAUGGCGACUUCGCCAGGAAGAAAACAAAGACGGCCGGCCUGGUGCGCAAGGCCCCGAACAACAGGUCUUCACACAACGAACUAGAAAAGCACAGACGAGCCAAGCUCAGGCUGUACCUGGAGCAGCUGAAGCAGCUGGUGCCCCUGGGCCCCGACAGCACCCGCCACACCACGCUGAGCCUCCUUAAGCGCGCCAAGACGCACAUCAAGAAACUGGAGGAGCAGGACCGCCGGGCGCUGAGCAUCAAGGAGCAGCUGCAGCGAGAGCACCGCUUCCUGAAGCGGCGGCUGGAGCAGCUGUCCGUGCAGAGCCUGGAGCGCGUGCGCACGGACAGCACCGGCUCCGCCGUCUCCACGGACGACUCGGAGCAAGAAGUGGAUGUAGAGGGCAUGGAGUUUGGCCCCGGCGAGCUGGACAGUGUUGGCAGCAACAGUGACGUGGAUGACCACUACAGCCUGCAGAGUGGCGGCUACGGGCCCCCCUGCCGGCGGCCCGCCCGCCCCGCCCUCUCGUAGGCCCGGCACCCUCUGCUCCCGGCCAGCCCGCCGCCCAGCCAAGCGCACCAGCCCUCCAGCCCUCUCCAGCCUCUCCUCGGGCCCACUGCCGUGCCAUUCUGGAAGCUCCAGCGGCCGCCCGGGCUGCCCACCUCCACCCGCCUGCCGGUCAGGGCCCACCUCGCCGCCCGCCACUCCCAGCUGGUCAGGGACCCCUGCAGGGAGGCGGGCCCAGCUCCCGAGUCCCGGAGCCCAGCAUAGCCACCCAUGGUCUGUUCUCAGAUUCCUAAUCAUUCCAGAAGUAUUAAAUGUCAUUGCUGCAAAUCUCGGCGGGCACCGUGUGAGGGGCUUAGUGACCGCCGUGGGGAGCUCAGACCCCACCCUGGACACCAGGAGAAAGAAGUGGACCGAGGAAGGAAGGAAGGAAGCGUGGCUCCUCGUCCGUCCAUCUGUCCAUCUGUCUGUUGGUUCACGUAGGCUCCUGAGGCAUGGACAGAGAGAUCCAGGAAGGGCGGGACUCGGGUGAGCACCCUGGGGCAGGAGGGGGGACGGGCCUUUGCCGCCUGAGGGGGUCAGGAGCCAGGCUCCUGGGGCAGGCCAGGCCACCCCACACCCAGCUGGACAGCUUCUGCUUUGUUAGGCCCCCCAGGUGUACACACGCACGCACCUAGACACAACCGCCCGCCUGCACACACGCACACACAGUCACAUGUGGUAACCCAGCCCAGAGGGGUCCUGGGGUGGCUCGUCUUCAGGGGUCACCUGAGCAGACGCUGGCCCCCGGCCCGUGCCUGGCUCCCUUCCCACCCCCAUUCACCCGCCCGGUCUGCGUGGGAAGGGGUUUCACCUCCCAGCAGAGGCCGAGGUGUAUGCUAGAAGUCCGAGAACUGGAGCCACUGGGUCCUCAGGGGGCUUUCUGGUUUCCCCUUUUUGUUAAAAAAGC